CUGACGUCACCACUUCCACAACAACAAGAAGCUGAAAAACAAGGAAGUGAACGAUUGUGUAGCCGUAACCUGUUAUAAGGCCGUGACAAGAUACGCAGAGCUCCGUUUAAUCUGAAAUUCCUCUGUCUCCAGAUCAUCCACAACAAUGAACAACAAAGGUUCAUAUCCACAGCAGGCUGUGUACCCUCAGCAGAGCUCUGCACCUGUAUACCCCCCUGCUAUGCAAAUGUCUCCUCAGGCACCUCCUUACACAGACACACCACCUGCAUAUUCUGAGAUAUACCAGCCCAGAUAUGUGCUUCCACCUCAGGUGCCUGGUCAGUUGCCUCAGAUGUCCUCUCACUACCCUGGUGCUCAGGUGUUCAUGCCCAUGCAGCCACACAUGCCUGUUGGGCCAGUGGGCCAGAAUGUCCCCAUGGCUUACUAUCCCAUGGGGGCUGUGUACCCGCCUGGUUCAACAGUGAUGGUGGAUGGUGGCUUUGAUGCAGGUGCUCGCUUCAGUGCUGGCAGCAGUGUUUCCAUCCCACCCCCACCUCCUGGACACCCCCCCAAUGCAGCUCAGCUGGCUGCCAUGCAGAAUGCUAAUGUUGUAAUGACACAGCGCAAGAACAACUUCUUCCUGGGAGGAUCCAGUGGAGGUUAUACCAUCUGGUAACAGCAAGUCUUCAACUCCUCCCUCAUGCCUCAACCGUGUCCCCAUCCCAGACGAAGCCCCAGUUCUUUCCCCCUCCCAUAUGCCUCCCUCUUCAGGCUGCUUGGCCAUGCCACAAUACUGAUUUCACCUAACGGAAUGUAAUAUUUUAGCGCCCUAGUGAAAGGUACAGUACUCCACUUCUCACCUAGAGAUCAAAUGAUGAAUGCCAACGCCUGAGAGGUCAAAUAAAACUUUUUAAAUGUUGUAGAAUUCAUUCCAAAUUCUUUAUCGGAUCUAUCCUCUUUGGUCAUUCCAGAUUGAACCUCCUCCAGGCAUCUGUACUUUUUAUUUCUUGAGACUAGGUCCUUUUUGAUCCACUGGAUUACAAAUUACACUGAGAUGUUCUUGUAUACCUGUAAAGCUACAUAAAUGAAACGUUGAAAUAUCAGACCUGCAUUCUGUAGUUUAGCUGCUUUAUAGUGAAAGUGAAAAACAGUUACAAAGUUGCAGUGAAAGCGCAGAAAACAAUAAACCUUCACUUGUCUUUUUUUGGAAACUUUUAGAGUAGUUAAAUUAAUAGAUGUGUAAUAGUUCCAUGUAAAUACAAGUAUGAGAAAGUACAUCUCAUCUAUACAAAAAAAAAAGAAAAAGCAUCCUGUAUUCGUUUAGCUAGAAUUGUCUUGUCCUUUGCACAGAAUCCAAAAGACUACAGCAAAUUUCUUGCACAGUGAUAGGUCUAAACUGACAGACCGCUAUAAUUAAAUCACUUGUAAAUUAAAUAAAUUUAAGCAAAUAAAUCAAGAAAAGAUUUCAUGCAAUAUCCAAAGUGGUUUACUGUACCUUGUUGGGCAACUUGUAGUUGAACAUAGUCAAGUGCCAAAGAGCACUGGGGAUAGCCCUAAUUUAAAGCAAAAUAACUUCAGUAAACUUAAAGGAAAGAAAUUUUAAAGUAAAUCCAAAUAGUUAGAUGAACGGGAAGGGGUGGUUGGUGUAACAUUAUAGCUCUUUUUUUAAUUUCCUGUUUCUAUUUCACAGUCGGAUACCCAGAGUUUAUACACUAAAUGUUUAAAUGUAUACUUUCCAUGAGCUACCUUCAGUUGUUUCACUUUCUUUCCACACAGUAUCUUUCGGUUUGAUGGAACCAACUUUUUGAAGUAUUUAUUCGCUGUAGAAAAAAUGUCAACUUUGUGAUAGCAUUAGAUUGAAGUCAAAUCUUGAGGAUACUUUAUGAAACAUUUCCAUUUUUUAUCGCAACUUUUCCACAUUGAAGUGAUCUACAUGAGUGGUUAGGCUUAGUAUAACCAAUGAGCUGGUUGUACCAAAGAUUUGGUCUAUGAUGCACGUACGUUUGGUUGUGACUUGAAAUUUAAAAAGUGUCGCAAUUUAAAAGCAAACAUAUCAUCAAAUCAGCAUUUCUGAGAGCGUUGGUGUCCAAACCUUCACUCUGUGGUUAGUUAAUGUGUUGAUGUCACUUUAUGUGGGUUAAUCACAUCUUUAAGUUGUGUACUUUUGCACCUUUUGCUAUGUAAACAUUUGAUGACAUACUUUUUAUCUGAGAUGCACUGCUAAGCAAAUGUGAGUGGUUGCACAAGGAGCUACGUUUUUUGCUCUGUUUUUUUUUGUUGUUUUUUAAAGAAAGCUGUGAGAUCUUUGAACAUUUUUAAAUUCAUCAAGUCUUGUCCACCUUGAAAGUCGAGAUGUGUCGUGUUGUUAUGAAGCCUGAACGUGUUUCAAUGAGGCUUAUAUCGCUGUCGGCUGAAUUUUUUUUGAACUGAAGGCAAAAACAACAACCUUCCUUUUUGAAUCCUUACUUUUAUACAUUAUCUUCAAACUUCAAAGACGGUGAACUGAACCUUGGUAAGUCGUGAUAGAUACCAUUAACUUAUGUUUCUUGAUCUCUUUCAUUUUGGUGUCUGGUAGCGUUGAUGUUUCACUGGGUAUCCGACACAUCAUAUCAAGUUUUAACAGCUGUGGCCGACUGAAAAGCAAAUGGUGUUGCAGCCAAUGGAGAUUGAUGUUAUUUUAAGGAACAGCUCUGUGAAAACGUGCUUCAUUUAUUAAAGUCAUACAAACUCAUGACUGACAUGUCAUAGUGUUUUUAAAAUGGUCUGAUGUUCAUUGAAUAUCUCUCACACUGUCCUUUUAUUUUGGUGAAGAGGGCCACAGCUAUCAAAGCUUCCACAAUAAGACUCCAACAUGGUUUUUUUUCUUUUAUUUUCCAUCUCUGCUCUGAUUGUUUGUAAUGCAGCAUCAUGGUGGCUUUGUCCCAGCAAUAUGAAGUACUGUAUAACUACAGCUGACCAGUAGAUGCUAUGCCAACCACAGCCAGCAAAUGGAUCUCUCUUUGUUGAAGGAUAAUGGACAUUUAUAGUUCAGGGAUUCUCUUUACAAUAUUUUGUAAAACAUAGAUGUAUGUACUAAAGUGAUGUGAUAGACUUUGGUACACAUUCUAUCUUUUAAGAUUACUAAAGAAGAAGAGUGUCAAAGAUGGAGUACUUUGAAAAAAGAACUUAGGUGCACUUAACUUUUUUAUACUAAACUUAAAAUUUAAAAUGUAAGUUUAGAAUAAAGGUUAUUUUGGAAAUUUGAAA